GUUCAGAGAUGAGGGGAGGCACAUGACUCUUCUCUCAAAGGGAUAAACAUUUCAACUGUGAAAGACAACUGGAAACAACUGAAAACCUGACUUAAAUGAGGAUUAUUGGAUGUGCAGGACAGCUUUCACACACAUAAAGAACGACUUUGGAUACUAAUACAGGUAUUUUGUGGAGUUACUGCAUACUUUCCAGUAUUUCAUAACAAAACCACACAAACUGGGCAUUCUUCAGUAUUUCAAGACAGUUUUUUUCUGAACAAAUGAAACAUACAUUUUCGCUGCCUGUUGCACAUGGUGGGAUUAACUAAAUGGAUUUGUAGGACACGAUUUAAGAGAAUUUUUUUUACUCUGUAGAUGUUACAAACUUAUCAACCUGGUUUAAAAAUGAACGACAGCAGCACACAAGACUAUUACAUCACUCAAAAUGACACAAAUUGCAACAAGAGUGACAAUUUCAAGUACCCUUUGUAUAGCUGGGUUUUCAGCCUGGUGUUUUUAUUUGGACUUGUCUUCAACAUGGUGGCUCUAUACAUUUUUGGCUGUACACUGAAGCUGCGGAAUGAGACCACGACAUACAUGAUAAACCUUAUAGUUUCAGACUCUCUCUUUGUCCUGACACUGCCUUUUCGGAUUGUUUACUUUAUUAAACGUGAAUGGGUAUUUGGAAGUGUGCUCUGCAAGAUCUCUGUGGCCCUGUUCUACACCAACAUGUACAGCAGCAUCCUCUUCCUCACCUGUAUCAGUGUUGACCGUUUCCUUGCCAUUGUGUACCCAUUCCGGUCCCAAACGAUUCGUACUAAGAGAAAUGCCAAACUGGCCUGCUGUGCAGUGUGGGUGAUGGUUCUUUCUGGAAGUAUACCCACUGGGUUCCUUUUGGACACCACCUCACCUAUAAAUGCAAAAUCCACCUCAAACUUCUGCUUUGAAAACUACUCCAACAAACAGUGGAAGGCUGAACUGUCCAAGGUGGUGGUGUUUAUUGAGACUGUGGGCUUCAUCAUCCCAUUGAUGCUCAAUGUCUUCUGCUCCAUCAUGGUGCUACGGACACUGAGGAAACCCCAAAACAUCAGCCACGGAGGGAACCUCAACAAGGCAAAAAUCUUGAGGAUGAUCACAGUGCAUCUGCUCAUCUUCUGCUUCUGUUUCAUCCCCUACAAUGUUAAUCUCAUCUUCUAUGCCCUGGUCCGCUCCAAUAUCAUAAAGGGGUGUACAGCGGAAUACGUGGUCAGAACCAUCUACCCCAUUAGUCUGUGCAUAGCAGUGACCAACUGCUGUUUUGAUCCAGUCAUAUACUAUUUCACUUCAGAGACCAUUAAGAGCUCCAUGAAACGCAAGACCAGAGUAUGGCACUACGGUGCCAAGCUGUUCGACAGACUACAGAUGGACAGCACACAAAGCAGUCCAAAUACAACACGCAAAAGCCUGACCCUGCGGACUCAAAAAGUGUUUGACAGUGAGUCUACAAUCUAAUGACUAUUCUAUUAUGGGACAUGAUUAAUAAUUUAGUGAGUGCUGGUGAAGCUUGAUUUGAAUCUGAGGACGUAUGUGGAAGUGGAGUGGCCUUGAAGAUCAUAAUAACAAACACAAUGGUUACUAAGGAGUCACUCUUUCCUCUACUGGACAAAACAGAGACUUUAGACUGGGACACCCGAAUUAGUCAAUAAAAGAGUGGAACAAGUCCAACAGGAAACAUUUGAAAGUGUGUUGCAGCAUAAAGACCUUUCAUCAGGCUGCCAAUUCACAACACACAUUGUUAGAAUACUCUUCAUUCUUAGGAGUUAUGAGUUUAUAAUGUGUACUAGUUGAGAUGGUGCUGCCGAAGUAUGAGCUUUUGCAAAUAAGACAUUGUAACUGUGGUCUUAUUCCUCAGAGCAAAUUCUCCUAAGAUAAUUCUGCUUUGGCAAUGCUGAACCAGUAUUACUCUUUUAUGUACUGUACAGUUGUGGCCACUUUAUAGAACAGCUU